AGCGCACAUCUGGCGCCCUCGCGCGGCGCUCACCCUCCUCCGUAGUAGCAAUAUCACGCGGGGUGAAACGUCAUCAACACCAGACGCACAUCCAGAACACACCAAUAGCAAUAAUGCUCUUCUACUCGUUCUUCAAGUCGCUGGUGGGGAAGGAUGUGGUUGUGGAGCUAAAAAACGACCUGAGUAUCUGCGGAACACUUCAUUCCGUUGACCAGUACUUGAACAUUAAGCUCACAGACAUCAGCGUCACUGAUCCAGAGAAAUAUCCACACAUGCUGUCAGUGAAAAACUGUUUCAUCCGUGGGUCUGUGGUCCGGUACGUGCAGCUGCCCGCUGAUGAGGUGGACACGCAGCUCCUGCAGGACGCGGCGCGGAAAGAAGCCAUGCAGCAGAAGCAAUGAGUGACCUAAGGGGGGGGGGGAGGGGGCGGGGCUGAAUAAUGAGUAGUUUUGAGUUCAGGUCAUUUUAAAGAUGAUCCCGUUUGUGCAGCUCUUGUAAACGGAGCAUUAUUGGUAAUUUUCCUGUAUUUUCAAAUGGAACUUAAUAGUGUUUGACACGGAUAAUUCAUCAUUUGUAAACAGUCAUUUUUGGAUUGGUCUUUGUUUUGUUUAAAAGAAAGAUAAUUAAAUAAUGUUGAGUCCAGUAGAGGUAAAGAUCUGAAGUCUUUCUGUUGCAUACAAGCUCUGUUUAUCUUACCUUAAAUGAUGACUUUGUUUUUUUAUGCCACUUCGAAAUAAAAAAGCUAUUUUAUUUACAUA